AUGGGGAGCGGGGAACCUAAUAUUGCUGGCAAGAAAAAGAAGUACCUCAAGGCUGCCCUGUAUGUGGGUGACUUGGGCCCUGAAGUGACAGAGGACAUGCUUUAUAAGAAGUUCAGACCUGCUGGCCCUCUCCGCUUCACUAGAAUUUGCCGUGACCCAGUGACCCACAGCCCCCUGGGUUAUGGUUAUGUUAACUUCCGCUUUCCUGCAGAUGCUGAGUGGGCCUUGAACACAAUGAACUUUGAUUUAAUUAAUGGUAAACCGUUUCGCCUCAUGUGGUCACAGCCAGAUGACCGCUUAAGAAAGUCUGGAGUUGGAAAUAUAUUCAUCAAGCACUUGGAUAAAUCCAUAGAUAAUAGGACCCUGUUUUAUUUAUUUUCUGCUUUUGGGAACAUUCUUUCCUGUAAAGUAGUAUGUGAUGACAAUGGCUCUAAGGGUUAUGCCUAUGUCCACUUUGAUAGCCUUGCUGCUGCCAAUAGGGCUAUCUGGCAUAUGAAUGGAGUCUGGCUCAACAACCGCCAGGUGUAUGUGGGGCGAUUCAAAUUUCCUGAAGAGAGAGCAGCUGAAGUCAGAACCAGGGAUAGAGCCACGUUUACCAAUGUUUUUGUGAAAAACCUUGGAGAUAACAUGGAUGACGAAAAACUGAAGGAACUUUUCAGUGAAUACGGGCCAACUGAGAGUGUUAAAGUAAUAAGAGACGCCAGUGGGAAAUCGAAAGGCUUUGGAUUUGUCAGAUAUGAGACACACGAAGCUGCCCAAAAAUCUGUGCUGGACCUGCAUGGCAAGACAAUAGAUGGGAAAGUCCUGUAUGUAGGGAGAGCACAGAAGAAAAUUGAACGCUUGGCUGAAUUAAGGCGGAGAUUUGAAAGACUGAAACUAAAAGAAAAAAGUAGGCCCCCAGGAGUGCCUAUCUAUAUUAAGAACCUGGAUGAGACCAUUGAUGAUGAAAAACUGAAGGAGGAAUUUUCUUCAUUUGGAUCAAUUAGUCGAGCCAAAGUAAUGAUGGAAAUGGGACAAGGCAAAGGGUUUGCUGUCGUCUGCUUUUCUUCUUUUGAAGAGGCUACCAAAGCAGUGGAUGAGAUGAAUGGUCCAGUUCUAGGCUCUAAGCCACUGAGUGUCACGCUGGGGCAAGCCAGGCACAGGUGGUGA